UGUCACUAUGGCUGGAGACGGCAAUGUCACGGUGGCCUCCAAUGUCCUGGGCACCAUUGGGACAGUACUCUGGUGCAUCCAGUUGAUUCCGCAGAUUUGGUAUAAUUGGAAACAGAAGAAGACCGAAGGGCUUCCGCCCCUGAUGAUGUUUCUCUGGGCUGCUUGUGCGGUUCCCAUGGGAGCAUAUAUGAUUCUCCAAGGAGUGAACAUACCGCUACAGAUUCAGCCACAAGUCUUCGGCUUCUUCUCUGUGGUCAGCUGGGGUCAAGUCUUGUAUUAUGGCCAUCAAUACAGUCGCCUCAAAGCCACUGCCGUGGUAAUCGGCACCUCGAUCUUAUUCGGUGGCAUCGAGGCUCUCUUGAUCCUCACCCUUAGAAUCCCGUACAAUAAAGGAGUAACCUGGCCCGACCUGAUCGUCGGCAUUGUGGCCGCAAUCCUGUUGGGAUUGGGACUUAUACCGCCAUAUUUCGAGCUCUGGAAGCGCGAUGGCCGAGUAGUCGGAUUCAAUUGGGUCUUCUUGUCGAUUGACACGUUGGGCGGGUUGUUUUCCCUUUUCGCUUUGGCGGCGCAGGGUUCGUUUGAUGUUCUGGGAGGGAUCAUGUACAUUGUUGUCGUCUUCUUGGAGUCGGGGAUCUACAUCAGUCAUAUUAUUUGGCGGGUACGAUACCGCGCAGUGCGGAAGGAGGCGAAAGCCACGGGCAAGAGUAUCGAUGAGGUGCUUGAAGAGCGUUCUCGGUGCUUGGGCGCUCCUGAUGUCGAGAACCCAAAGGGGGCCGUUGUUGGCUCUUCUGAGAGUCAGCAGCAGAGUGGGUGCGAUUGAGGUAGGGGUCGAGAAGGUGUGCCAUACCCUGGCAGCGCGGUCAAGAUGUACCGUAUAUAUUUGAAACCCUGUAUAGACACCGGUUCUGUCUGAUUGGCGAGACGGCUCUGAACUCUAUCUAUAUCUCCUGACCGAUCGCCCUGUGACCCGAUGCAACUAGUCUUGUGAUAUA